AUGUCGAAUCGGCAGAUGACCGUGGCCGUGAUUGGGGCCGGCGGUGUUCUUGGACGCGGCAUUGUGGCGGAGCUGGCCCUGAACGGUGUACAAGUCAUCGCACACGGACUCUCUCGCGACGAGCUUCGCCGAGGCCUGCUCGAUGCCCAAACUGGCUUGGAUCGCGCCCACGAACAAGGCCUGUUGGAGGAUGAUUUUUUACCGCUCCCUCUGGCCGAUUUUGUGACGCUGACGACCAACAUUGCCGAAGCGAUUACUCCAGCCGACUUGAUCAUUGAAGCCAUUCCAGAGAGGCCAGCGGCCAAGCGGGCCAUCUACCAUGAGGUUCUGCCCCGAAUGCGCGCCGACGCCAUCCUUGCUACGACAACCAUGUCGCUAUCCGUGACGGAAUUGUCGACAAAUCUGCCGCGCGGCGAGCGCUUUCUAGGCCUACGCUUCUUCAUGCCGGUGGUGCUGAUCGACGAUGUGGAGCUCACGCCGGGCCUUCAAACAAGCGACGCUGCUUUGGAGCAAGCCAAGUCAUUUUUACUCAGCAUUAACAAGGUGCCCGUUUACAAACGCCCCGGUGAACUUCGGUUCCUUCGCCUCGAGGCAGACGAGGUUCAAAAUCGACAAAAGGAAGCAGCGCAACGCCGACGGCUACGCCUCAGUGCUCAUUCUAGCCAAGAUGACGAGCUGCGCCAACUUCGGCAGCACCUAGGCCUUGAAGGUCGGAAGUGA